AUGGCAUACACGCAACCGCACCACGGCGGCCAAGCCGACGCCUACUACCAAGAGGGUCAACAAGAUAUCGGCAUGCAAGCCCAGCAGAAGGGUUAUAUCCAACAACAAGGUCCAGGCGAGUACCAGAAGCAGCCCCAAUACCAACAAGGCGCAUACAAUCAGUACGAUGGCGCUGCAGCUUCGGGAUACCCGCAGCAACCACCAAAGUAUGGAAACAUCCAGCCCGUCAACAAUGCACCGAACGGCAAUGGCAAGCUCUCGGGCUUCGAGCAGACCUUCAAGCUGGAUCAGCCGAAGUACAAUGACCUGUGGGCAACGAUCCUGUUCCUGCUCACGUUUGCCGGGUUCUGUGCGGUCAGCGGACUGGCGAUCCAUGGGUAUACUGUUGCUGGCACCGGAGGUAUCUAUGAUGACGAGAAUACGCUGUCGUUGAACUCAAAUACGAUUAUCCUGUUCGCCUUCGUUCUGCUCGUUGCGUUCGUGAUUUCUGCUGCGUACUUCUGGAUCAUUCGCGCCUUUACCAAACAAGCUAUCUGGAUUACCGGCAUCUUACAAAUUGUCUUCGGUGUCGGCACAGCAAUUGUGUAUCUUAUUCGCGGCUGGUACUCUGCAGGAAUAGUUUACCUCGUCUUCUCCGUCUUCUACAUCAUAUGCUUCAUCUCCUGGAUCCCACGUAUUCCCUUCUCAGUGCUGAUACUACAGACCGUCAUUGACGUCUCCAAAAACUAUGGGCAUGUCUUUGCUGUCUCUGCCAUUGGGGGAUUCAUCGCUACGGCCUUCGGGGCCUGGUUCUCGGUCACUAUGGUCGGGGUCUAUGUGAAGUACUACCCGAAUUCAACGGGAUCCGCAGCAGGCGGCGGGAGUCCUAGCAAUGCCAAGGUUAUCGGACUUCUCGUCUUCAUCACAUUCGCCGCCUACUGGAUCACGGAAGUCAUCAAGAACGUCAUCCACGUUACGAUUUCAGGCGUCUAUGGCUCCUGGUAUUUCUGCUCGCAGAAGCCAACGGGAGUCCCUAAAGGCGCUACACGUGGUGCUUUCAAGCGCUCCAUGACGUACAGCUUCGGCUCCAUAAGUUUCGGCAGCUUGCUUGUCGCCAUCAUUCAAAUGCUACGUCAAGCCUGCUCGAUUGCUCAACAAAACGAAGCCGCGCAAGGCAAUCUUCUCGGCUCGAUCUUCUUCUGCUGCUUGCAAUGCUUCAUCGGCCUUCUGGACUGGGCUAUCCAGUUCAUCAAUGAAUAUGCGUUCUCGUACAUUGCGUUGUACGGAAAAGCCUACAUUCCAGCUGCCAAGACAACCUGGACAAUGAUGAAGGAUCGCGGCAUCGACGCCCUCGUCAACGAAUGCCUCAUCAACCCUGUUCUCACCAUGGGUGCCGUAUUUGUCGCCUACCUCUGCUCUUUCCUCGCUUAUCUGUACCUCUCUUUCACCAAGCCUGUUUAUAAUGAAGGCAACGCCUUCACGGCCGUCGUCAUGGCCUUUUCUUUCCUCAUCGGUCUGCAGAUUGCGAACAUCUUCUUGGUGCCGAUCAAGAGCGGUGUGGCGACGCUGUUUGUGGCCAUGGCAUUUGAUCCUGAGGUGCUGAUAUACGAGUAUCCGGAUCUGUGGCAGCGCAUGAUUCAGGUCUAUCCACACGUACAGCAGGCAGUGCAUGCCUAA